AUGGAACUGUACAAAGCUCAUCUUGUUCCUCAUUCUCCCCCUGCUUCACCCAUCACUACUCCUUUAUCCAUCCUCGAUGCUACCGUUGCCCGGUUUGCUCCAACAGGCGCAAUCUGGCUAUUCGAUAGUUUCCCCGAGAAUACCACAGAAAAAGGUUUCAUCAAUCGUCUCGAAUCCUCUUUUGUUCAAACACUAUCCGAUUACCCUCAAUGGGCCGGCCAGCUGCAAUGGGCCCCAGUUCGAGAAAACGGCCUUCACACCGAGCGCUUCAACCGGCCCAUGAUCGUCUACGGGACGCCUAAUGACCCUGGCGUUGAGUGGCGCAUCGUCAAACGCGAUCAGAUGUCAAUUGAAUCGCUGGUACCUUCUGCCACAGAAAGAGCAUCUGUGGGGACCUGGCAUGGAGACGACUUUCCCCAGAGAGAUUUCCUAUCGGAUACCCCAUUGGCGUUGCAUGAUCUGCGUGAAUAUCAGGGAUUACCCGGUAUGCAAGUGCAAAUCACACUAUUAAAGGACCGCGGAUACGCAAUUGCAAUCCGAAUGGCGCAUGUCCUGGCCGAUGCUCAGACUUUGAUGGUGUUUGUGCAUCAGUGGGCGGCUGCAAGUAGAGCGGCGUUUGGUUCGGAAUACACACAGUCAUUGAUGGGCGCUCCAGUCUUCAAUCCAGGGCUCUUAGACGCCCAUGCUGCCGGGGAUAUUGACGGCCCAGCGCCGGAUUCGGGACUGAUUGCCGCAGCGCGUGAACUGCCACUGCACCGGUUCGACUGGUGGAAGACGGACGAUCCGGGAUAUUCGAAGUGGAUGGUGCCCAAUACGGUGAACUCGAUGCCUGCUCCGGAGUUACUGGACGGCUUGGAACUGUCUCCGUCGACAUCUGCACCGUGGACAUCGUGGGAUUUGUCCAGGCCAAUCCGCUAUACGCAGAUCCAUUUCUCUGGCGAACAGUUGGCAGAGUUUAAACGGAAAGCGCAGGCGGAUGGUCGAGGCGAUAUCUCUCGACUUGACGCAUUGUUAGCUCACCUCUGGAUUUCCAUCAACCGAGCCAGAAAACUCGGCGAUUGCCCUGACUCCGUCUUCAUGGAUCUUUCUAUCGGCACCCGGACACGCGUCUCGCCUCCUCUACCCGACACAUUCCUCGGAUCACCGCUCUUCCUCACUCACGUAGGCGCAUCAGCAAAGUCCCUCUGCGCUGCAUCCAUCGGAACCAUCGCCAGCCAAGUUCGAGAGACAUUGGCCCUAUUCACGCCGGAGAAGAUUGGCGCGAUGCUCCACGAUGCCGCGUACGAGAUCUCCCCGCAGCGGCUGUGGCAGGCGUUCUUGGGGUCCCGACAUGUCCUUGUAACCUCCUGGCUGCGACUGAAAGUCUACGAAGUGGACUUUGUGGGAGAUGGGAACCGCCCGCGGUAUGUGCAUGCCGUUCUGCCCAAGCUGGAUGGGGAAGUGCAGGUUAUGGACUCGGGGUGGGACGAUAACGGAGUGGAUGUGGCACUGUAUCUGGAGCAGGAGGUCAUGGAGAGGUUCCUGACGGGACAUAAAGGCAGUUCACGGGACAGUUUUCAGUAUAGCUGA